CCAGAUACACUGGUAACAUAAAAUGGAAUAAGUCUGGCCUAUAUCAACACAGGUUAUUGCUCAGUAAUGAUCAAUAUUAUUUACGGUGAUUAGAUUAUUAACACAUGUAAUUAAGAUACUUUCACACUUAACAUGUACUUGCAGGAUUUCUUUUCAUUUAUUUAGUUAUCUUAUUUCUGAACUUGAGUAAAAGCAAACAAACGAACAAACUUAUAAACAUUAUCACACUUUGAUAAGAGAUUUUCACAUUGUAAUUUUUUUUUGUUUAGUGAUUAGAUUAAAAGAUAGCGGAAGAAAAAGUAGGAAAAUAGUCUCCAAACUAGUGGUUUAUAGAUGGUGAAAAAUAUAUUGUUGUUAUAGGGCUUUUGCAGUUUUCAAGUAGUUGGGUGGAAAAAAGGUUUGUGGUUUUGUCUGAGCUGUCUGCUGUGCGGUUUACUUGACAAAUGACUAUUUGUUAAAUGUUAAGUAGCCUUUAUGGACAAUAUUUAUCAACAGUUGACAAGUUGUUGUUCACAUGUUGGUUAGACAUUGGUUUCUUGGUUUGCUUACUGAAGGUUUUAAAUUCUAGGGCUUUGAUGUCUUGAACCUGAUAUAAUGUUUCUUGUUAUAGAAACAAGCAGAGGAACAACUGAUUGACAUUUUUUGAGAGACAAUGGAUUUACUGAAUGAUAAUUGACAUUUAAUGAGAAAUGAUGGAUUUACUGUAUGAUAAUUGACAUUUUUUGAGAAACGAUGGAUUUACUGUAUGAUAAUUGACUUUUAAUGAGAAACGAUGGAUUUACUGUAUGAUAAUUGACAUUUUUUGAGAAACAGUGGAUUUACUGUAUGAUAGUUGACAUUUGAAUGAUUAAGUAAUAAUUAUUGAAAUAUUCUGUUGACUUAUAUGAAAUCCAAAACAUGGAAACUACUGAUUAAAUCAGAGAUGAUAAAAGUGAAUAAUAUUGGUGACUAAAUACGCAUAUAUUGACUGGAAAAAUUAAACAGAUUGAAAUCAUGAGUUCAAUGGAGAACAUAGCAGAAGGUUUGCUGAUUUCGGAUACAGCACGACAGAAAUUCUCGGCUGCAGUAGAUAAACAAAACCUUAUUGCUCAGACAGCAAUUCAGUCUCUGGACUCCCUGAAUGACCAAAUAGUUCAGUUCAUUUUCCAUGGAGACGUUCGCCAUGAUGAUGAUGUUGAACAUGACAAGGACCUAGGACCCAAGGAACAGGAAACUCUCCACACGUCUAUGGUACUUAUCAGACGCUUGUUACACGACGCUCAAGCCAAGUUUAGAAAAAUGGUGGAGGACAACAAACAACUUGCUGCCAAGAUUGAUGGCUCUAUCAGUGCUGCAAAUCAAGAAGUGAGUGCUUUACGGGCUGAACUGGAAGAUACUAACAAACGUUUGUCUGAACUUAGUGAAAACGAAUCAACCAAGAUAGAAAAUGGAAUACAUAUAGAAGAUGCUGAAACACAGUAUAACUCCAGACAAAAAGCAGAUGAAGAAAAUGAAUUGAAAAGGCUAAAGGAAGAAAAUCAGCGGCUAGAAGGUGCUGUGCGAACACUUACACGAGACAUCAGUGAAUUACGUAGUCUCAAGGUGGUGAACAGUGACCAUCCAAGUUAUGGAGAACUGAAACUGGACUUGAUACAAACCAAACAAGAUCUGAACAGAGCAAAGGAGGCCUUGGCAGCAUUGAAAGCAGACAGAAAACGGUUGAAAGGUGAGAAGCUAGAGUUACUGAACCAGAUGAAACAGCUAUAUGGUACAUUAGAAGACAAAGAGUCAGAGUUAAGGGACUUUAUACGCAACUAUGAACAGAGAAUGAGAGAAAGUGAUGACACAAUUAAACAGUUGUGUGCGGAGAAGGAACAUUGUGAUCGUGAGAAAUGGGAGAUAAUCCAGAAAGCAAGACAUGCGGCAGAACAAGCGGUGUUCCUGCAGACACACUCCGAGGAACGAGAGAAACAUAUACAGAAACUUGAGUUAGAACUUACUGAGGACCAGAUUACCCAGAGUCGUCUGUACACCCUGGAUCUGCCAAGUACACCAAAGAGUAUGGAUUCCCACACACCAACCAGUGAUGAUCUCCCUCCAUAUGACACACCCCCACCAUCAGCCAAUGAUAGCUCAAAGGAGGAUUGUUUCCAUGUGCCAACCAGUACACCAAAGAUUGGUAACAAACAUGAUAGAGACAAUUCAUUCACCCCUCUGAACCAGUUUCUGGAUAACAAUAAUGAUAUGACUGACAAUGAUAAAUCAAGAGACAGUUUAGAUACAUCAUUGGAACAGAGGAAGAAAAAGAGAAUCAGUCUAGGCUCAAUAUCUAAGGUGUUCUCACGAGGGAAGACCAGGCGAUCCCUAGCAAUGCCCAGUCAGGAAACAGAUGAACUGCCAGCCAACACCAGGAUCACCUUACUUAACCCUGAGAACUACCAGGAGAAGCUAAAAAUAGUUGACCAAUUAAAGUCCAGUCACAUGUCCACCUGGAAGGCCAAUCAAGUACUAGCAUGGCUUGAAAUUGUUUUGAACAUGCCAAUGUAUGGAAAAAAAUGUGCUACCAAUAUCAAAAGUGGCAAGGUUUUACUGGGGAUGAGUGACAAUGACCUUGCCUCGGCUCUCGAGAUAAAACAUCCCCUGCACAAGAAGAAGUUACGUCUUGCCAUAGAGGAACAGAGAAAUAUUGUUGUAGGAACUUGCCCGAAGUGUUCGAUGUUAGACCAUAGCUGGGUUGCCCACAAGUGGUUACAUGAUAUAGGUCUGCCACAGUUCUCACCAGUAUUUGAGAGCAAUCUGGUAGAUGGAAGAAUGUUGAACAACUUGACACGUAAAGAUAUGGAAAAGCAUCUUGAAGUUCAUCGUAAAUUUCACCAGUCAAGCAUCCUUCAUGCUGUGCAAUUAUUACGGAAAUUAGGAUUUGACAAAGAGGUGCUAGCCCAGAGAAGAUCUGACUGUGAUAAAUCUUUCACUGACCCUCUGGUGUGGACAAACCAGCGAGUCAUAGAAUGGAUACAGAAUAUAGAUCUUGAAGAGUUUGCUGACAGUUUGAAGGAGUCUGGUGUGCAUGGUGCUUUGAUUGUACUAGAGCCAACUUUUACUGCCGACUCUCUUGCCUCGUGUCUCCGUAUACCCCCAUCCAAACUUUACAUACGUCGCCAUCUGCAAACAGAACUCGAAACUCUAGUCAAACCAGCAAGAGAAGAGAUAGUGUUAAAGAGAGCAACAUUGGGAAGGUCAUCACGUCAUAGUAGUCUGUCUACCAGUCACUCCAAAUCCAGGAUCAGUCUUAGAGGUUCAUUGGGUCGUGCAUUUGGUAAGAAAGUGAAGGAGGAGAUGAUGAAUUCUAAAAUGUCUCUGGAGGCUGAGCUGGACUCACCAAAGCAAAAGAGAACAUCAGCUCCUAUUGUUGUCGAUGGUGAUGAUAUACCAGAACAAAUUAUAGAACUUGAUAAGGCAAUUGAGCAAGCUGCUUCAUGACCCAGCUGUGAUCAAGGUUCUCAGUGACACAGACCUUCAUGGAAGCACCAGGAUGUUCAUGAUAAAGAACUGUGAUCAGACUUCUGCAUGACACAGCUGUGAGUAAGGCUUGAUAUACAGGUCAAGAUUGUAGCCAUUUUAUCUAUAUGAAACAAGUGUAGCUGUUAAGAAUAAAUUUGAUAAAAUAGCUGUGAUCAAAGUUCUCUGUGACUCAGCUCAACAUUUUCAGUGACAUAUCUGUGAGUAGAUUUUUUUCAUGGAAGUGCAAGGCGCACCAGGCUGUUCAUGAAUAAGAAAUAUAACUUAAGCAGACUUCUUUCUGCAUAUCAUAAAACUGUGAUAAGCCUCCCCAUGACAUAGAAGUGUUGAUAAGCCUUUUCUUGACACGGAGCAGUAUAUUUCAGUAGAAAUAGACAAUUAAGACUGUGAUGCUGCAAAAUUAAAACAUGAGACUUUCUUCAUUUGAGUUGUCACUUCAAACAUAACUAAUGUGUUCUCCAUCAAGAGUGCUCAAAACAUUCUCAUUUUGUUAGCUUUGUACAAAACUUGUGUCAAUAUAGUUUUAUACAGAGCUGAUAGAUUUUUUUCACUGCUCAACUAUAAACACUGUUCAAAUUUAUUUUUCUAAAAUAGUGCCAUGGCUGUAUAAUUAUCCUGUGUUAUCAAGUUAAAUAAUUUGCAGUAUAAACAUCACCCCUGUAACACACAAAGCAGUUCAGCCCAUUCAGUCUGGUCAACUGGAUCUUGGUCCAUAAGUAAGUGCAAUCAUUACCGGUAGUCACCUAGUAAACAUACUUCAUGUUUGGACAUGGUAUAAGCAGUGAACAUGCAUCGUUGUGAAGUUUUUGACUUGAUUUGAAGCAGUUACUUGUAAGGAAGUACAGGUGUUCUGUGUAAAAUACAAGUAUAGAUCAUUUCAUAGUGUGAAUCACACUUUUUUAACGAAUCAUCUGUCUUUUCCUGUAAUGGUUUUGAAGAAAUGCUCUAAACAUGCAAGUUGUACAAACUUUCCUUGGAUAAAAUCUUCAGUAUAUGUAUGUUUAUAGCACACUGCUUUAUGAUAGUAACCUUGUUAGUGUUGUUACACAUUCACUUGCAGAAAUACAUGUAUAUAUGGAACUGAUUUAGAAGUCUAUAAAUAUUGGUUAGUGUUCACCAAAGAGUAUUUAGUAAAUACUGUGGAAGUAUCUAGUUAUUUGGCACAAUUAUUGUAUUUACAUGAUUUAAAUAAAUUCAAAACUAUUAAUGUGUUUUAUAAGUGUAUUAUGGUAAAUAUAGUAUCUUGAAUAUUUGUAGUAUACAUACUGUAUAUUUGUAGUACAGCCUUUGUAGUUAUUUACUGCAAGGGCGGACAGAAAGUCUUUCAUUGAACUCUCCUAGAAGUAUUAAUGCAUGUUGAGAUUAAAUUACAUGUUCAUUGAUGUAUAUUUUCAUGUUAACACGUAUGUUAGUACAAACAGUUAUGAUAUUUUUGAAAUGGCAAAAACAGUUGUAUUAUGUUAGUUGUGAUUUAUUGUACUUCACUGUUAUAUUGUGUAGAUGUCUGUAAUUCGUUAUUAUUUGUAUUUUGUCCCAGUAUGUUGAGUUUGUAGUUUAACCUUGUCAUCUGCUGGAAAUGUCGUCUGCUAAAAUUGUAAAGUUCAUUCAAUUUGCUCCAAAAUUGGAAGAAAUAUUGUCAGAGUAGCAAACAGCUUGGAACCUGAUCAGACGCCGAUUUAAUCGGCGUCUGAUCUGGUUCCAAGCUGUUUGCAAAGGCUGUUAAAUUCGCCUGCAGCAGGCUAAGGGUUAAACAAAGGCAGAUAUAUUCCUCAUAUCAAUAUGUUCAAAAUGUUUCAAUCUUUAUAUUCUCCCACCACCCACCCAUUUAGCUCAACAGGGAGAGUGCAUAUUUACUGAUCCCGGGGUGGUGAGUUCGAUUCUUUGGCUAGGUGUAUGUUCUCUAUGAUGGUUUGACAAAAGACAUUGUCUGAAAUCAUUCUUCCUCUACCUCUGAUUCGGGGCCUCUGUAGCCAAGUGGUUAAGGUCACCAACUGUGAAUCACCGAUGUGCGUUUGAGUCUCACUCAGGGCAUUGAAUUCUUCAUGUGAGGAAGCCAUCAGGCUGGCUUACGAAAGGGUGGUGGUUCUAUCCGGAUGCCCCCUCUGAUGAAAUAAUGCACAGAGGGACACCUGGGGUCUUCCUCCACCAUCACAGCUGGAAAGUUACCAUAAUAUUAUGGCCUACAAUUGUGUCGGUGCCACUUUUAACCCAACAAAAACAAGCAAAAUCCACCUCUGAUUCAUGUGGGAAAGUUGGCAGUUACUUAAGGAGAACCGCUAGGUUUGUACUGGCAUAGGUCCAGAUACACUGGCUAGGUUAACUGGCCACCAUUACAUAACUGAAAUACUGUUUAGAAAAACUGUUAAACUUAAAACAAACAAACAAAUUGUGAUCACCACAAAAGGAGGAGGGAUGGUUUUGGUGUUGUCUGUACAUCUUUUCAUCCAUCCGAAACCAUAUCUAUGACAUAAACAUGGUAGAAAUGUUGACCAUUGUAGGGAAAUGCAAAUCAGCAAGUAUCGGUCAGAUUGCAUGGGUAAGACAAGAUUUAUUGCACCUUUGUACAUGUAUAUAUAUUGCAUACAUAGCGUUUUAUUACUUUUUCUGUCCAUUGGGAGUAAUAUCUCAGAUAUGGUUAGAAGGAUUUCAAUGAAACAGAGUAGAAAGGUUAACUGCUAUAGGGCAAUGUGGCUGUACAGGUUUCAUUCAGAUUGGUUUGGGAAGACAAGAUAAUAGCCCGUUGCAAUUAUAUAUAUAUAGUACAUAUAUAGUGUUUUUGUUCAAUUUUCUUUUAGUCUGGAGUCAUAUCUCAGAACUGGUUUGUAGGGUUUCAUUAAAAUGUUAAGUACUUUUUAUGUUGCUUGGUUGCAUGCUUCCAAAGGAUCUUUUCACAGAUGUUAUUUUUCACUAUAACAGUUAUUUUUCACUAUAACAGUUAUUUUUCCUAAGGCCUUGAAAGAAAGUUUAGCGGAAAAAGAAUUCAGAGUUAUAUCAGUUUUAUGUUAAGAAAUUUUAUGGCUUCAAAAAUUUUUUUUGACAAUAUAUUAGAUUCUAUAAAUAACAUUUUGGCUUUAGCUAAAGGCACUUGCUUCCAGCCAGGAUACCUUCAGUUAUACAGUUAUACAUCAAAAAAUAAUAAUAAAAAAGUGAAAGCUGUUAUUAAACAUUUGCAUCAAUCUUUCAAAUGACUUGGAUGUGUUCAGCUAUCUGAAACAUUUAUUCUGUAAAUCCUGCACUUUACAGUGAUACUAAAGUUGCCAUAAAUAGGGUAGGUAAUACAAAGGGUCACCAUAAAACACUUUUAACAAAUUGCUGCCUGUAAGCAGAUCACUUAAAAAACCAACUUCAAAGUACCACCUGCUUGCAAUUAAAGCUUUAAAACAGAUUUUCUGUUGGUUGGGGGUGGCAGGCGGCUUUCGUUUAAGAUUUUAUCUAGACAAACCAACUUUUGAAAUCACCUUUGAAUGCAUUUAUUAGUGGAAAAGUAUUAGUGUUAAAACACUGUAAGUGUUUGUUUACAUUAUAAAACCUUUAACAACUUCUUUUAGAUGAAUGUUUGGUGAGAUUUUCUUAAGCUCAUAAUAAAGAGCAUAUGAUUCUCUCAGAAUUGUUCAUGACUUUUAGAUUCUUUGCGGAAUUUACUGAAGAACAAAAGGAAUCCCAAUAUAGUUUGCUUCAAACUAUUGAAAGCAGUCUAAGCUUACACUAUAUUUUAUUGAAUUUAAUUACCUUUGGGGACUUUUAAUAUAGGCUAUAAUAGGUGAAUAAUUUGCGAGGGUUGUCCAUUCUGCUUCAGAGUUUUUUCAAAUAUAAAAUAUUUCUGUUUUUUUUUUUAUAGAGAUGAAGAAAAAAUAUACAUGUAUAGUAAACUGAUGUACUAAGCUAUCAUUUGACAAUGGAAAAAAUGUGAAAAUGCGAUUUGGAAAUGUUCAUUUUCUGUGCCGAUACAGUAUACCCAGGAUAUAAAUGUACUGCUGUAUACCCUGGUAUAAAUGACUUCCCACCCAUAAAAAUUGCACCCAUAAUUCAAUAUAUACAUAUAUGACCAAACAGUGUUGUAUAUACUGUUUAAUAUAUAUAUGUACUACUGUGUAUGCUAGUACAGAUGCUGCUCCUUAAAUGCGCUCUCCUUAUAUAUGCGGGGAAAAAAUCAUACAUUACUGCAGUGAACCUCAGUAUAAACAUUACCAAAUAAAUGCCCCCUUCCAUGUCCUAUUAACCAAAAUGUUGUUUUUUAUGUCUGUCAUUUUACUUAGUAGCUUUAAUUAUUAUUGAAAUGUAUAUAUAUAAAAAAGCUGGGUCUUAGAUAAAUACCCCUUUUGCAAAAUGCAUUAUGAAUGGAAUUUCAAGGUUCUAAAAUUACUUGAAACAUAUAAGAACCUUAUAUAGUUAUGAAUUUAUCUCCCAUUUUUACACUUAAUUUAAAUAACAUUAUAAAAACUAUAGAACUUGAUUACACUUUAUAUGAAACACAACUCCAUUUGAACUUUUUUCAUCCUUGUUCUUUCAUGUCCUGAAAUGUCACAUGUUGAGGAUAAAUUUUUGGAGCAUUCAUCAGUGUACUGAUGCCUUAAUAAUAAUGUUUCCUCUCAGAUAAAUUUUGUUAAACACUCACAACUUUUGUUUGUUUCAAAUUGAUGAAUUAUCUGUAGCUGUCUCAAAUUGUGUUUUUUCACAAGUAUACAAAUUCAUGUUGUUUCGUAUAAAUGGACAUUGUCUCCUGUUGUAUAUAAUCAUGUUUCUUAAGUUAUGUUUUCUAGUUAUAUAUUUUAUAUUUUAGUAUUUAAAUAUUGUUAAAUUGUAUACAUACUUGCACAUGUUAAUAGUGAAUAGAUGACCAUACCAAUGCAGUGUAUAAACUGUUCUGCGCAACAAGAUAUUCGGCCUUAAAAUAGAUAGAGGAUGUGUACAAGAAAUACCUUAAUUUCUACAGUCGAAUUUGGAACAAAAUUUAAAAAAUGAUUUUUUUUUAUCUAACUUUAUAUUUUAUUUCAGAAGAGGAUUUGGUAGUAGACAGUAACUGUUGUUGUAUUACCAAACUCAUCACAUACACAUAAUAAGUAUGAAAGGGUCUAUGCAGCCUUCAUUAAGGUGUGUUUUUAGCUCACCUGAGCACAAGGUGCUCAUGGUGAGGCAUUGUGAUCAUGCUGUGUCCGUCGUCAACAGUUAUGUUUAAAGGACAUCUCCUCCAAAACCACUGAAUGGAUUUUGAUGAAACUUGGCUUGGAUGUUGCCUGGGUGGUUCUCUACCAAAGGUGUUCAAACGAUUCCGCUUGGAUACACAUAGGGGCCGCCAGUCAGCUAAAAAAUGAAAAAUCUUCAAACGACAUCUGCUCCUAAACAGAUGGUCCAAUUUUGAAAUAAUUUCACGCAAAUGGUCCUUAUGUCACCCUCUACCAAGAUUUUAAAAUUUUUAUCGAUUCCCCAAAGAACAUGGCCGCCAGGGGCGUAGUCACUUUUCCAUAUAUGUAUAUAGUGAAAACUUUAAAAAUCUUCUUGUGUGAAACUGCUGACCCGAUUUUAGAAUUAUUUCACACAAAUGGUCCUUGUGUGACCCUCUACCAAGAUUGUUCAAAUUAUACCGAUUCGUCAAAAAACAUGGCCGCUAGAGGACGUGGUCACUUUUCCCUAUAUGUAUAUAGUGAAAACUUUAAAAUCUUCUUGUGUGAAACUGCUAGUCCGAUUUUAGAAUUAUUUCACACAAAUGGUCCCUGUGUGAUCCUCUACCAAGAUUGUUCAAAUUAUAUCGAUUUGUUAAAAAACAUGGCUGCCAGAGGGCGUGGUCACUUUUCCCUAUAUGUAUAUAGUGGAAACUUUAAAAAUCUUCUUGUGUGAAACUGCUGCUCCGAUUUUAAAAUAAUUUUACACAAAUGGUUCUUGUGUGACCUUCUACAAACAGCGUUCAGAUUUUUCUGAUUCAUCAAAAAACAUGGCUGCCAGAGGGCGUGGUCACUUUUCAUCAACAAUCUCUCUUAAACAGUAUCUCCUCCAAAACCACUGAAUGGAUUUUGAUGAAACGUUACACAAAUGGGUAGCCCUCUUUCAAAAGUGUUCAAAUGGUUCUGGUUCAGAGUCUUUUUGGUUAAAAAUAGGUUUUUAGCUAUCAGACUUUAAAAAUCUUUUUUUUCUAGACCUUUGAUAUUUGGCAUGUGAUAUAAGGAUUUGACUCUCUAACCAUACUUGUCAGAAUUAUUAUGCUAAGGUAAAAAAAAAUGGCCAUGCUCCUGUGUCUGACAUGUACUAACUAUAGGCUUUUAUAUAAGAAACAUUGAAAAUCUUCUUCUCUGAAUCAACAAUGGCUAGAGCCUUGAUAUUUUGGUGUGAUAUCAGAUUUGUAAUUUCUAUCGUAAUUAUUGAAAUUAUUGCCCUAGGUUCAAAAAUGUGUGUGACAUAUAUAUAAUAUAGGCUUGUAUAGAAGAAACCUAACACUGUACUUUUACAGACACACCUGAAGACUUGUACUCAGGUGAGCGCUUUAGGGUCAAUGACCGUCUUGUUAAUUUUGGCAUUGUAAUAACAGUUGUAUAUUCAAUCUUUGAAAUUGCAAGAAACGCUAUUGACAUUUUAUAAGUACAUGUGUAGAACAAUAAAUGAGACCAUCUCAAUUCAACUCUCAAUAAUAUUUUUGUUAUGAAUUCAAACAGAUUCCAUUCCCACAAACACUUUCAUUAUUUUAAAUCAAGAAUACAAGUAUUUGCUAUAUUUUAGAACACUUGGGUAUGCAUGGAUGGCACAUAAUCAGAACAUAGCUGAGACCAACAUUCAUUUUCUUCAAGUAAGUUGUUGCCCAACAUAUUUAAGCUAAGGUUUUCCCUACAUAUUUCAGGGAACUUUUUUUUUCUUACCUGCAUAUUUUAUGGAAGGUUUUCAAAAAAAAAUUUGAGAUGGUUUGAAACAUUUGCUUGUAGGUCCCUCAGAUUUGUUAUCCCCUUGCAAAGAUGAAAGGAUUUGGCAUUGUCCGACCAGUUGUCUAUCUGUCUAUCUGAAAUUGAAAAUGCUUGUAAUUCAAGAGGUACUUUGGCUAGAAUCACCAAACCAUACAUAAUUAUUACAUAUAUAGUAUAAUCCCCCUUGACCUAGUAAAAGGAGAAGCUUUUUUUUAGCUCAUCUGUCCCAUAGUGACAGGGUGAGCUUUUGUGAUCGCCCUUCGUCUGUCGACAAUUUCUUGUCUGCACGAUAGUGGUUUCAUUUAUGAUUUUAUUUUAACCAAACUUGCACACAACUUGUAUCACCAUAAGAUCUUGGUUCCUUUCUUGAACUGGCCAGAUCCUAUUAUCGGUUCCAGAGUUAUGGCCCUUGAAAGGGCCAAAAUUAGCUAUUUUGACCUUGUCUGACCAAUAGCAGCUUUAUUUAUGAUUUGAUUUAUACCAAACUUGCACACAACUUGUAUCACCAUAAGGUCUUGGUUCCUUUCUUGAACUGGCCAGAUCCCAUCAUGGGUUCCAGAGUUAUGGCCCCUGAAAGGGCCAAAAUUAGCUAUUUUGACCUUGUCUGCGCAAUAGCAGCUUCAUUUAUGAUUUGAUUUUGACCAAACUUGCACACAACUUGUAUCACCACAAGAUCUUGGUUCCUUUCUUGAACUUGCCAGAUUCCAUUAUAGGUUCCAGAGUUAUGGCCCCUGAUAGGGCCAGAAUUAGCUAUUUUGACCUUGUCUGCACAAUAGCAGCUUCAUCUAUGAUUUGAAUUUAAUCAAACUUGCACAAAAAUUUGUGUCACCAUAAGAUCUUGGUUCCUUUCUUGAACUGGCCAGAUCCCAUAAUGGGUUCCAGAGUUAUGGCCCCUUUAUGUUACUAUAAAUAGCUUAUUUAGUAACUUUUUUAUUAUUGGCCGUAGGGAAAAACCGAGACCACUUUCCUGUGGUACAACAUGGAUGGUACCUCCAAUUUAUUGGUGUAUUUUGACAUAUCUGUACCUUUAGGAAAAUUUCAACUAUAUUUUCUCAUGAUUCUUUUGUUUGAUUUGAUCUUGAUUUUGACCUUCUUGUCCUUAAGUGCAAUGAUGACAGGUGAGCAAUAUAGGGCCAUUAUGGCCCUCUUGUUCUUAAUUUAGUAAAAAAAAAUAAAAAAAUUUGACUGUACCGAAGUAAUCUAUUGAUGGAUAUUCAGGAAACUUAAUACAAAAGUAGGUCACUGUAGGAUUGUGAUGCACAUGCAACUUUUGUUGGGAUAUGUUACUUAACUUUAGAGCUUUGAAUUGUUUUAAAAUCCUUGAAUUCUAUCAUAAACCCAGUAGCCAAUUGAUAGAAUUUUGUUACUCAAAGAAGAAGGAUAAAAUAUUUAUCACUUCAGUGGGGGAUUCCAUUUCACUGAAUGUGUUUGUUCAUGUAUAAGGUUUAUCAAAAGUACUUCUGCUUUGUAUUCCUCCAAAGACUCUCUAGACAAUCAGACUGUUCAAUCAAAAGGAGAAAAUUUUCUAAUAAUAUUCUUGUGAUCAACACCUGUCAGUAUUACUGAGCUGUAGAAAUGUAUCACUGUAACAAUGUAUAAUAUAAAAUGGAACAUCA